AGGAUAACACCACCUCGCGUAUGCUGGUGCGUUUUGUCCUCGAAGUCUCGCAGGCCGCUGCGUUUUAUUUGCCUUGUAUGCAAUCGCUUAUUGUUGGAAGUGCUUGGCGGCGUCUCCCUUUGAUGUUACAAUUGUUAGAAGCGGUAUCGUUUGAGGGUAGAUGGGCGAGAGGGAAUCAGAGAUGAGGGAGAGAGCGCUAGAGAAAGAACGAACCAGAAAAAAAGAAAGAAAAGAAAAAGGGAGCUUCAUGGUCAUCACGAUAUGUAUACACUUUGGAGCUGAUAUGAAGAAAUAGCAAAAUCCGAGUUCAUUUUGCGUUCGAGCGAGUGAACGGUAAGGAUGUGUGAUGGUUAACGGGAGAGAGUUUCUGAGGAGAUAUCAUAAAGCUGAAAUCCAUUAACGUGCCCAUCUCUUGGAAUCUGUUAUUCCCUGUUCAGAUGCGACGCUCAUGUGAUGUUGGUACACCAGGACUUUGGAAUAAUACAUUCUUUCGUGGAUAGUUUCCUCCUGGACGAUUCUAUUUUGUUUUAACUCUGGACUGUUUCGGAGUAUACUAUUACCUCAUACGAGAAAAGGAAUUCAAUCUUGGGCUAGUAGGCCUAUUCAUAGUUCAUAUGCUAUCACAUCAGUAACUUACCGACAUGUCGAGACCAUCAUCCCCUCAGCGACUUCAAACGUUCCUACCUCUCUUCAUCUUUCUCCUCAACCUCAUCGACAACGGUCGCGGACGAGCAGCAAUGCGACCUCGGAACAACGACCCCGGUGGCCAGGACCAUUUCGACCAGGAACUACCCGCCCGCACCCAAGCCGUCGUUCGAGGUCCUGGACCCGGCGCGGACCAGUUCCAGCCAGGGCUAGACGAGAAGGAAUACGUCCUGGACCUCAAUAACCUGAGCAAUGAUAAUAUUGUGGAGCAGCUUCAGCAUCUCGCAUCCGCUCUCAGCACGUGCGGUUUCGAUGGUCAGCUUCAGAAGCUCCGCCUCCAUCACGUGACCAACCGUUCAGUCACGUGCAAUGACGGUUCACCGGCAGGGUAUUAUCUUCGAAAGUCUUAUGAGAGCAAAAAGUGGCUCAUCUUUCUUGAAGGUGGUUUUUAUUGUUUCGAUAGCGAAAGCUGCCGAAAUCGAUACAAUCAAUCGAUCAACCAAAUGAGCUCAAGAGCAUGGCCACAAACGAAGACAGGGUCAGGUGUAAUGUCGGCCGAUCCUGAAGAAAACCCCAUCUGGUGGAAGUCAAAUGUCGUUUUCAUCCCAUAUUGUUCGAGUGAUGUCUGGACGGGAAGGUCUUCAGCCUCUGAAACGGGUACUUAUUCUUUCAUGGGAGCUGACAUCUUACAACAAGUCCUCAUCGAUCUUUUAUCAGAAGGUCUCAUGGAUGCCAAGCAGCUGGUUCUGGCAGGAAGCAGCGCAGGUGGCACAGGCGUGCUUCUUAAUCUCGACCGGGUGGCUUCCAUGAUGGACGAAGCAGGGAGCACAGCAAAGGUGGUUGGUCUGGCGGAUUCUGGAUGGUUCCUUGACACAGAGCCCUUGGGCAAUCCUCAAGCAGAUUGUAUCCUUGAUCUCUACUGCAAUCCAGCAAGGACACUACAAAGAGGCACCAAAUUAUGGAAUAGUUUAGUUCCGGAAACGUGUCUGAAUUCAUACUCGGAGAAAUGGAAGUGUUUCUACGGUUUUAGGAUACAUCAAUCUCUUAAAACUCCAGUUUAUAUAUUUCAGUGGCUUUAUGACGAAGUGCAGCUCACGAUCAACAUGCAAGGCCCUCCGAUCGAGGCAAGACAUUGGCAUUACAUGCAGAAGGUCGGAAGGCAGAUGAGAGGCUCCCUGAGAAAUGCAACGACUGUAUUUGCUCCAGCAUGUUAUGCGCACAAUGUGCUGAGGAGAAGUGAUUGGAGUAAUAUUAAAGUACGAGAUGUCAAGCUGUAUAAAAGCCUACAAUGCUGGUUAAAAGGCCAAGAAGAACCGAGACAAUCAACUUCAAGCAGUAACAGGCAACCGGGAAGACAAAAUCAACAAGUAAGUUCAACGGAGAUACCACCUCGAGAAGGUUCGAGGCGAUACGAAACACCAUCAAGUCAAACCGCCGAUGUUGAUGUCGACGGGGUUGUCGAAAACAUGGAUGAGAGGACGACGACGAGGAUUACGACAACGGAUUCGACAACAGUUACAUCAAAGAAGAAACGAACGCGGCGACGGAACAAGAAAGGCAGGCGGCAUCGCCGACCACGCACCACCGACAUCCCCAGACAACUCAUAGAGGAUGUCCCGGUGUCGAGCACGGAAGCGAGCUCGUCAUCGAACCGCGAAGACGGGCGAGAGCGUCGAAGAGGAGGGCGAGGUGGACGAGGAAAGCGCGACGGUCGAGGGAAUAUCGACUUUGUGGAUAGGCUAAGCGGACUGGGAACUAGCGGGCUAGUCGGAGGGGAGGCAGGAGAGAGCCGGAGAGCGUCGGGAAAGAAGUGCGUCAACCGGUUGGUGGACCACGCGACUUGUCCUCAUUGUAAUCCAACUUGCCCUAAGAUGACGAAUCCAAGAACUGGUGAAGACAUGGAACUACUCUCUUUUAUGCAGCUCUUUGGUUUUAAAAUCAGCGCUCUGGCCGAGCAGCUAGGCAUCGAUGAGAGAACGCUCGCCCUGGUCGACCCCGAAGCAGGUCUGCGAAUGAUCGCCGUCGCGUCAAAAAAGAAAGGCGGGAACUAGCAUCUACAUGUGUCUGUGCUGGGUUUGAAUGUCCGUCGUCGUUUUAAGGAACGAACGUUAAAUUAUUUCUUCCUGGUUUCUAAAUGUUUCAAACUGAAGGCAUCCCCAAUGGAGGUAGUUACAUUGAUCCUAAGGAUCUGAAUUAAAAAGGGAAAUGUCUUGACUCUUGCAGAGGAUCUACUAAGUACUAAUUCACUGCUACUUAAUAUAGCAAAGUUCACCUUUACAUUAUAC